UCUCCUGCAGUGGACACCAUGGCCUCCACUGUCUCCAUGCGCAGCUACUCGGUGCGUCAGCCGUCCUUCUCCAGCAUGUCUGUGAGGGACAGCGGACGCAGCAUCCGCUCCAAGUCCCCCAUCUCCAUCGGCACGCUGUCCCUGUCCCGCUCCGUCUCGAUGGGCAACGGCCUCAACAUGCUGGGCUCCAGUUUAUCGUUCAACGGCCUCGGCAUCGCCGCCAGCGACAAAGAGGCCAUGCAGGGCCUGAACGACCGGCUGGCCAACUACCUGGACAAGGUGCGUUCCCUGGAGAGGUCCAACGCCGAGCUGGAGGUGAAGAUCAAGCAGCUGAUGCUGGAGAAGGCUCCAAAAGGGCACGACAUCGACGGGAUGAUGGCCCAGGCACAUGCCAUCGGGCAGGAGGUGAGAAAGAAGACGCUGGAGAACGCUCGUAUCAUGCUGGAGAUUGAUAAUGCCAAGCUGGCGGCCGAUGACUUCAGGGUCAAAUGGGAGGCGGAGGCCACCUUGUGCCAGUCUGUGGAGCGAGACUGUCAGGCUCUGAAGAGAGCAAAGUCUGACCACGACCAGAUCAUCGCCACUCUGCGAGGCGACCUGGACAGCCUGAAGGAGGAGCUCUACUUCCUCAAGAAGAAUCACGCCGAGGAAAUGAGUUUGAUGAAGGCUCGCCUGGCCAACGAGCAGGUGAGCGUGGAGGUGGACUCUGCUCCGGGUCCUGAUCUUGGGGCCAUCAUGGCCGAGCUGAGGGUCCAGUAUGAGGGCAUCGCUCGCAAGAACAAGGAGGAGGCCGAGGCCUGGUACCUGAAGAAGUUGGAUGCGAUACAGUCAGAGGUGAAGGAAAGCAACGAGGCUUUGCGUUGUGCCCAGAGUGAGCUCAGCGAGAGACGGCGUUUCCUGCAGGCUCUGGAGGUCGAACUCGACAGUCUUCGUAAGCAGGUGGGUGUGUUGGAGGGAAACCUGGGAGAGACGAGCCACAAGUACUCAGUGGAGAUGGAGCGUCUUCAGGCCACGCUGACUCAGCUGGAGGACGAGCUGUCUCAGCUGCGUCUGGACAUGCAGCGCAACAAGACCGACUACGAGCAGCUGCUGCGCAUCAAACAGAACCUGGAGAUGGAGAUCGCCACCUACAGGAGACUGCUGGAGGGCGAGGAAAUGGUGAAAGAAAUACCUCCACCUCCUAAAAAAGACCCUGAAGUCAGGACCAGGAAGAUUGUAAAAGUCGUCACUCAGACGAUGAUCAACGGAAAGGUGGUGGACGAGUCCAGUGAGGUGGAGCAGAUCGAGGAGCAAAGAAAGAAAUGAGCCAAAGUGUGUGAAGAGAAAAAAACUAAGUAAUGUGCCUUUAACCCAAAGUUUGGAUCAAAUCUGACCACAACCUUCUUAUUUCAUGUCUUCCUUAUUGUGUGUCAUGUUUUAAUGCCUUAAUCUUGCCAAACAAUACACUGAAAA